AUGACCUCAAAACCACCCACAAAGAUAUUUCCAAUCACAGAAUUUCUUUCAGACCUACCGACCAACCUUACCCCUCAGUUCCUUGCACCGUCUUCCGAAAAUGGCCUGGCGAGUGGGCGCUUGGUCAUUGUAGGAGAUGUACACGGAAUGAGAAAGUCUCUAGAGGCACUGCUAGAUAAAGUUGGCUUUAAUAAGAACAAAGGAGAUUAUCUUAUUUUAGUUGGCGACCUAGUCAACAAAGGGUCUGAUAGCCCCGGUGUGGUUGAUCUGGCUAUCAAGCUUGGCGCCAGCGCAGUGCGAGGCAACCAUGAGAAUGCAGUUCUUAAUGCGGCUGCGGCGAUCAAUGCACCAAAGGAAAUUUUACAGGGAGACUUGACGGGUAGUCUGGCUGUACCUGAGAACCAGGAAGCUGACUUGUCUGGAGGUACUGUCCGAGACCCCGAGAUUUCUAACAAAUCUCUAUCUACUACAAUCGGCAUGACUGUGAAACCUAGCCCGGCAACACAUAGCACAGCAUUGGCACUUUCGAAACAUCAGCUCGACUGGCUUGCUGCUCUACCCUUGAUUUUGCGCGUCAAGCUACCGCCUGGCUUAUCACCCUCUCUUGGCGACACUCUAGUUGUGGCACAUGCGGGCCUCGUUCCAGGUAUUCCACUUGAAGAGCAGAAUCCGCAUGCUGUAAUGCAUGUGCGGAGCCUCGUCCGUAAAUCGGACGAGGAUGGAUUCAUGCCCGCGGAAGUUUCUGGAGAAGAAAGCUGGGUCGGGGAAUGGGACCGGUGGCAAGAUAAGCUAGCGUCCAAGACUACAGUGGUAUUCGGACACGAUGCAAAGCGCCGGUUGCAGCUGGGAAAGUAUGCAAUAGGACUGGACUCAGGAUGUUUAUACGGCAAUCAGCUAAGUGCGGUUGUCAUUGCGGUUGUUGAUGGGCAGAUUGAGCGGCAGAUUGUUCAGGUCGAAUGUAUUGAUGAGCCGGUUGCUCCAACAGUUUCAGUGGACGAAGGCGAUAAGAAAGUGAUGGGAUAG